CAAUCCUAUUCACACGGGCGGCGGAACUCUUAACACUCAGCCUGUAGCGUUACCCAUCUGAAGUCGACAUGAAGUACACUGUGUUUCUAGUUGCUGUAUUUUUCAGCUGCGCUUUUGGCAUAGACACCGUUCCCUCUUUGAAUGUGACAAAAUAUCUUGGUCGCUGGUAUCAGAUGUACGCCGACCCCGCAGUCAUGGCAACUUCUGAGCGUAACGCAGUUUGCGUGACAGCGGAUUACUCACUCCGAAAAGAUGAAAAAAUAGGAGUUCUGAAUAGAGGGAGACUCUACACACCGACAGGAAAGGAAAGCAGCAUCACUGGGUAUGCCUACAUGACCGACCCUAAAGAACCAGGAAAGCUAACACUGCAUCUGGACGGCGUACCUUUCCUCGGUUCAUAUUGGGUUGUAAAAUUAGGACCACCUACGUUUGGUGAAAAAGGUCUUUACCAGUACUCUGUGGUCACAGAUAGCAAGCAGAUUAUGUUGUUUGUGCUGACGAGAGACGUAGAAACAUUCAAAAGCCAAUAUGAUGAGGAAGUGAGAAGUUUUUUAAAGGAAAACGGCUUUACUCACUUCUACAACAAGCCUGUAGCCACAUUACAGGACAAGAAAUGUUUGUACGGAGCUGAAAAGCCUUCUCCGUAUCAGACAGUGAAAGAAUUUCUUCGAUAUGAAUAGACAUUUCGGCCACAGUUGUAGCUUUGAAGAUGAAAAGAAAUAUAGCAAAUAAAAAAUCAAAGAUGUGAUUUGAUACACCUCAGUCUAAACCACAAUUCAGAGGAGAGGUCAACGUUAUAAAACUUGAUCUCGGUUUAAAUGUUGAUAAGACUCGUAGCCACGAAACGUCAAAGUUAUCAUUUGAAAAGAUUUGGUACACUCUAUCACAGCUAUCAUAAAAAUUCCGCUUACAGCAAUUAAAUCAUUAUUUAAUUCGCUCUUGAUUUACGAUAAUCUCUUGCAACUACAGACACUACUGCCGUCGAUGUAAUAAAAAUUUCAAUUUUUCA